AUGAUAUUAUUUAUUGAGGCAUUUAUUAUAUUGCUCACUUCUCUUAAUCUUAUAUAGGCAGAGUGGAGACUUAUUGACUCAAGUUUUUCUGAGAUUUCUAUAGUUGAUAAUAAUUGGAAAAUGAAGAAUAGUUGUUCAAAUGGUGCUAAUGGAGGUUAUUCAGUUAUAAGGAGAACCUGUAGUGUAAAUCAGUUACAGUAUGUCAGAUUAUAGGAUGAAUAAUAGUAUUUAUAUAAGACCUUUAACUACAAGAGCUUUUAAAUUUAAGUAAUUUUUGAUGUUUUUUUUGAUAAAGCUAAUAGCAAUGAAUCCUAAUUAAAAGUUUAUUAUAGAUAAGAUGGUUCAGAAAAUACAUAUGAUCUUUAUUCAAGGGAAUACGACUAAGAUGAUGUGAUAUAAAAUAGUGUUUAUAUUUGUAAAAGUUCUUCAAGCUUAUUUGAAUUAUAAACUGUAGUUAGUACUAUUGUAACAUAAAACGCCAAUAAAUUUACUUUAGAGUUUUGUUAUAAUCCCAAUUUUGAAGUUGAGGAUGAUAUUUACGUUAAAGAAAUAGGAAUAAGAAAUCUGUUAGUCUUUGUAAAUACUUGUCAUCCAAAUUGUUUAACUUGUUAGGGUCCCAAUUAAACAGACUGUUUAACUUGUUUUGACAGUUAAGAUACUUUAGAGGGAAGAUGUUACUGUAUCUCUGAAUAAUAGUUUUCAGAAACAUUUAUAGGUUGUAGGCAAGAAUGUAGUAGGGAUUUUUCAAUAGCUCGAAAUGAUAAAAUUUGUGUUAACGAUAAUAGAAUAGAAUCAAAAUACUCAUUCUUUGAUGAUAAUGAUAUUCCUCAAUCUAAUGAUUAAAGAUACACACCUCUCAUUUUUUUAGAUGAUAAAUUUCAUCCAAAAAAUGCAGAUUUAGUAUAUGAAAGUUGCAAUGGAAAAAGUUUUAUUGGAAAAAUGCAUUUUAACGAAGGUAUGUUCUAUUAAAUGAACUUAAAGAAUUCAGUUAAAUUUUUAAGAAUUCGUAUCACAUUUUAUAUUUUUAAUUUUUAGGAAUCAAGCAAAAUAGAAAUUUUACAUAACAAUCAAUUAUAGUCAAGAAUAGUUAAAAUUUCUUCAGGCUUUUAAUUUGAUAAUUUAAUAAAAAUAUUUUAAAAUGAAAAAAAUUGUGAUGCUAGUUACACUCUUUUAAGAAUAGAAAUGAUUUUUAAACUUUCUAAUUCUGAUCCCACAAUUUUGCUCUAAGGAUAACUUUAAAAAGAUACAGAAUCUUGGGGAUUUAGAAAUAUAACUAUUGACACUGGAUUUUGUUAAUAAAAUUGUAAAGUUUGUUCUGAUUUUUCUAACUGUGCAGAGUGUGAAACUACAUAUUAUUUAUAUAAAAACAAAUGCGUUUUAUCCUGUCCUCCACACUCUUUUAAUUGUUUAGAUUAUGAUUAAAUAAUUCCAUGUAAAUAUUAUUCUUUAUUUUAGAUUCUAGAUAUAUAGCAAAAGGAUUUUAUGAUUUAAAUAUGACUAUCUAAGAAAUCAACAAUUUUUACGAUUCAAGCCCAUAACCAUUAAUAAAUUAAGCAACAUAAUAAAAAUUUUCAUUCUUAAAUAAUAAACUAGUAUUAGGAGGUUUAUUAGUUUGGAAUGAUGGAUCAUAUAUUAAAAUCUGGAAAAUUUAGUAACCUCAUUAUGCAGUAUCAGUUUAUUUUAAUUUGACAUAUGGUGAUGGUUAUAGUGGUUCAUUUUAUUAUAAAAUAGGGUCUACUAGCAGUCCAUACAUAGGACCUUUUAUUAAAGAUGGAGGAGGAUCAAACAUUAUUGGUCGAUCAGAUUUAGAAAGUACUAGUUACUUUAAUAUUGAAUUGACAAAUUUUUAUAGUAAUGAUUUAUACAUAGAAUUUAAAUGUGAAAUUGAAAUACCAAACAUCACAUAAGAAUUUUGUGCAAUAUCUGAGUAUUUCAUAGUUGCUCAUUAUGUAAUGAUUUAGAAAUAAUUUUAAGUGUGUUCCAUUUUGUACUUGUUGUACAAAUUUAAACACUUGUUAAAUUUGGGAAACAGAACAUACAAAUUCAAAUUGUGAAAACAAUUAAUAUCUUGAUUUUGAUUAAUUAACUGAAAUUUAUGAUUGCAAAAAUUGUAAUUAGAUUGGAUGCAGCAAAUGUAAAAGUUUAGAUGAAUGCACUGAAUGCGUUAAUAAUGAUUUUUAAUUAUAAAAUGGAAUAUGUUAAUGUCGUCCAUUUACUUUUUUUUAGGAUAAUAAUUGUAUUAAGUGUAAUAAAUAUUGUGAAAAUUGUUAUGGAGAUUCUUAAGAUAAUUGUAUAACUUGUGUAAAUGACUUUCAUAGAUCAAUAUAAAGAAAUUAAUGUAUUUGUCAACCCGGAUAUUAUGAUGAUGGAAUUAAUUUACCAUGUCUUCCAAUAUGUGGAGAUCUAAUAAUUGUAGAUUAAGAAGAUUGUGAUGAUGGUAAUUUUAAUCCAUAUGAUGGUUGUGAUAAUUGUAAAUUUGCUUGUAAUUUUAAUUGCGAUAUUUGCCUAAAUGGAAAAUGUUAUUAAUGUAAAACUGAAUAUGAAUUAAUUAAUAAUGAUUGUUUAUAGAUUUGCUAAAAUACAAAUCUUGUACUUGUUCAAUAAUGCAAUCAUAGUUCAGAUAAUUGCAAAAAUUGUUAAUAUAAAUGUUCAGAUAAUUGUAUAAUCUGCCACUUUGGAAUAUGUAUUUUAUGUGAUGAAAUUAUGGGAUGGUACGCAUAAGAAGAUGGUAAAUGCAAUACUAAAUGUGGAGAUGCAAGAGUUGCCACUUUGACAGAAUAAUGCGAUGAUGGAAAUAACAAUCCAUAUGAUGGAUGUAAUUAAUGUUAAUUUUCGUGCGGUAUGUUUUGUCAAACAUGUAUAAAUUCUUAGUGUUUAUAAUGUUAGGAAGGUUAUUAUUUAAUAUAAUCUAAUUGUUAUCCAUAAUGUAAUGAUAAAAUUUUAGUAUAUCCUGAACAAUGUGAGAAUUAAAAUAAAUAGGUUCUAAAGGGUUGUUUUAAUUGCAAAUUUGAAUGCCAGUAAUCAUGCUUAGAUUGUUAAUUUUGCAUCUGCUAAAAAUGUAAAGAAGGUUGGUAUUUAUAAUUCGAUGGCUCUUGUUAAAAUAUUUGCGGAGAUAAAAUACUUGUACCUUUAAUUGAAGAAUGUGAUAAUAUAAAUAAUUCUAUUCAUGUAUGCUCUUUAUGUUUAUAAACAUGUGAUGUUAAUUGUUCAAGCUGUUAUUAAGGAAGGUGUAGAGCUUGUGUUUAAGGAUAUAAAUUAGAAUAAUCAAUUUAAAAGUGUAUAAGAAUUUGUGAUGUGGACAGUCUAGUAAAUUAUGAUGAAAUUUGUAAUAUGCUAUAAAAUGAUAGUUGUGGUUUAUGUAAAUAUAAUUGUUAAAAUUCUUGCACUUAAUGUACUAUAUUUGGAUGCAUAGAAUGCAAUUCUAUAGGGUGGAAAUUAAAUAGAUAACUACAUCAUUGUGAACCCAUUUGUGGAGAUGGUAUUCUUAUAUAAAAUUAAGAAGAAUGUGAUGAUUUGUUAGAAACUAAUUGUUUCCAAUGUAAAUAUUUUUGUUAAGCCUCUUGUUUAAUAUGUAUCCAAGGCAAUUGUUUAAAAUGUAAAUAAGGAUGGUUUUUGGAUUUAGAUAAAAAAUGUUAUCCAUAAAUUGGUGAUUUUUUAGUUGUUGGAGAUGAAUAAUGUGAUGAUAAUAAUUUUAUAAUGUAUGAUGGAUGUUAUCUAUCUUAAUAUUAGUGUUAAUAAUCAUGUAUACAUUGUAUAAUGGGAUAAUGUAAUUUAUGUGAAGUUAGAUAUAUUAAUUUUGAUGGUAAAUGUUUAGAAAUAUAUGGUGAUUAGUUCAUUAUUGAUGAUGAUUUCUUUCAUUUUCCUUAAUAUUUUAUUUGUUUUUUAGAAAGAAAAAUGUUAAAAUUAGAUAAUAAAUUAAGUAAACUAGAUUAUUUUAAUAAUAAAUGUCUUUCCAUAUGUGGAGAUGGAUAUAUAUCAUAUGAUGAAUAAUGUGAUGAUGGAAAUAAUGAUCCAUAUGAUGGAUGUCAUUUAUGUUUAUUUUAAUGUGAUAAUUAUUGUAAUUCUUGUUUCAAAGGUAUUUGUACACAAUGUCAAUUUGGUUAUUAUUUAAAUAAAAUUAAAAAUUAAUGUUUGAGCUUCUGUGGUGAUGGAAUUAUUGCUCAUGAUGAAUAAUGUGAUGAUGGUUAUGCAUUGGUUGGUUAAGGAUGUUUUAAUUGUAAAUUAUAUUGUUAAGAAUAAUGUACAACAUGUAUAGAUGGAUAAUGUUUUAAUUGCUAAUAAUUUGGUUGGUAAUUAAACUUAAUUAGAAGAAUCUGUUAACCUAUAUGUGGAGAUGGUAUAGUUACUGGAAAUGAAUAAUGUGAUGAUGGAAAUGAUUUUGAUAAUGAUGAAUGUAUUAGUUGCUAUUAAAAAUGUGAAUAAUAAUGUACAAAUUGCUUUUAGGGCUUUUGCUACGAAUGUGAUAUAGAAGGAUGGACUCUAUAUUAAAAUUAAUGUAUUCCUAUUUGUGGAGAUUAACUAAUUAUAGGAAACGAAUAAUGCGAUGACGGAAAUCUUAUACCUUUUGAUGGAUGUCAUGAAUGCAAAUUUUAGUGUUAGAGUUAAUGUAUUGAUUGCUAAUUUGGCAUUUGUUAUGCAUGUCAAACAGAAGGAUGGAUCCUUGAUCAAAACAAUCUUUGUUCUAUAUUUUGUGGAGAUGGUAUUGUUAUGAGAUUUUAUGAAGAAUGCGAUGAUGGUAAUGAAGAGCCAUAUGAUGGAUGCUAUUAAUGUUAGUAUUAAUGUGAAUAAUAAUGUACAUAAUGUCAUAAUGGAAUAUGUUAAGAAUGUGACUAAUAGGGAUGGACUAUUAGUAAUAAUUUAUGUAUUCCAUAAUGUGGAGAUGGGUUAUUAGUUGGAAAUGAAUAAUGUGAUGAUAUGAAUAUAAUUUAAAAUGAUGGAUGUUAUGAUUGUAAAUUUGAAUGUAAUCAAUAUUGUGUUGAUUGUAUAGAAGGAAUUUGUAAUGAAUGCCAAAAAGGAAUGGUUCUUAUUGAAUCACUUUGUUAAUCUUUUUGUGGAGAUGGAAUUUUAAUAAAUUAAUUUGAAUAAUGUGAUGAUGGAAACACUGAAAAUAGAGAUGGUUGUAAUAUGAAAUGUGAAAUUGAAAUAGAUUGGGUAUGCAUAAGCAUAAUACAUUCAUAAUCAAUAUGUGAAUUUGAAAGAAAACCAGAUUUUAUAAUAAAUUUAUUAACCCCAUAUUCGUAAGAAUUUUAAGAUAUCUAAAUUAAAUUUACAUAAAAAGUUAAACUCUCAUCCAAAGUUUAAAAUAAUUUAACAUAAUAUAUCUAAACAAGAAUUAUUAAUUCUGAUAGAAACAAAUAUAAUAUCUUAGAUAUGAAAAGUGCUGAUAUUAAUUAGAAUAUAUCUAAAGAUAUUGUUUUGUCUUAUAGAGUUACUUUUUUUGUAUCAAUAGAACUACCUAUUUUUGAGAUCGAAUUUUUUAAUGAUUCAAUUAUAUCAGAACUAAACUAAACACUAAUUAAUAAUAAAAAGAAUAUUUAAUUAUAAACUCCUAUUGUUUUAACAUAGAUACAAAAAUAAAUUGCAUAAGUCACAUCAACUUUUAACGAAGCAAUCAUUAUUUCACUUGUAAUCUUAUCUACUAUUUGCUUAUUAACAGGUUCAUCAGAUGUCUUUUGGAAUUUGAUGGACUAAUUAUAAUAUUUAUCUUAUAUCAAAUACAUCAACAUAGAAUUUCCAAGCAAUUUAAACAUUUAUUUUGAAGUUUUCAAUUUGAUAUCAAUUUCUCCUUUGAUCUCAGCCCUAGGCUUUGAUGUUUUAUUUAAUGCUAUUGAUGGACCAACCAAUUAUUUUGUAUCAACUACUAACAAAUUUUAUAAAGAUGAUGUUAAUGCAUAUUUUUUUAAUAAUUUUUCUAGUAUCAUAUUUUGCAUUUUCACAACGUAUGCCAGCUAUUUUAGUAUUUAGAGUAUUUGUUGGUUAUUCUACAAACUAAGUGAAAAUUAAGUAAUAAUAUUGGGAAUGUAUAUUAGUAAAAAUAUAUUAAAACUUAGGAAAAAAUUAAGAAUACAACUUUCCAAAUUUUAUUACAAUGGUCUUUUAAGAUUAAUUUUAUCAAUUUAAUACGAUUUAUGUUUUGCAUGUGCUUUGUAAUUAGCUUAUACUCCAAAAGAGGAAAAUAUCAUUCUAUUUCUAAAUUAUAAAUUAUCUCAAAUUCUAUUUUUUUUCUAGAUUUUAGCUACCUUUUCAAUCAUAAAUAUUGCAAAUGCAUUCUCUAAAUGUAAUUCAUUAAAAAAUAGAUAAAAAUAUCAAGCAUUAUUUGAGGGAAUAAGUGAAAAUCAUAAUUUUUGGAAGAUGUAAUACAAUACAAUAUAAAUGAUUAAAAAAUAAAUAUUUAUUUCUUUAAUAGUAUUCUUGUAAGAAAAUAGUUCAAUACAGGCCAUCUCAAUAGCAUUUAUGUAAACUAUAUUUUUCAUUUAUACCAUUUUAAUUAAACCAUUUGAUAAUUUUUAAGAAUUCAUAAAAAUAAUAAUUACAGAAUCAUUAAUAAUUUUAAAUGUGUUGACAUUUUUAUUUUAUCAUUAUAAAGUUGAAAUGAGUCUAACAUCUGACGCAGUUAUCUAUAUAGGAUGGUUUAAUAUUUUUAUGUUUUCAUUAAUAUUAAUUGUCUCUUUUAUUGUUGAUAUAAUACAUUAAUGUUAAAAAUUAAUCAGAUUUAUUAAAGAAAAUUUUAAAUAAGAAAACAAACCAUCAUAACCAUAAUUUUAUGUAAAUGAAUAAAAUGUUAGCCUAAAUAAAAGAACAAUUAUUGUAUUAUGA